AUGACUACCGUCUCGAGACGUACCAAACCUAUCGCUCUGCUCGGCAGUGCCGGUCUCUGCCUACUGCUCGUCUGCCUCUGUGCUUUCAGCCGCAAUGCCGACGCCGCUUCCAUCGCCCGCUCCUUGAUCGGACUCGACUCUCACCUGGAACCUCGUGCAGUCAGCACAAACUAUGCCUACCAGCGGAUGAUCGCCAACAUCGGAGGAGCGUCCUCCACGGCAGGCGGCAACCAGGUCCCCAACGUGCAAACCGGCGCCGUGAUCGCAUCGCCCUCCACUGCCGGUCCCAACUACUUCUACUCGUGGAUCCGCGACGCUGCGCUGACCAUGAAGGUGGUCGUGUCUCAGUCGACGCUCGACCGCACGCUGAUGACCAACUACGCCAACGCGGAGAAGGUGCAUCAGCAGAACGCGGCUCAGUCGAGCUCGAGUCAGGGCGAGCCCAAGUUCAACGUCGACGGAUCGCUAUUCACCGGUCCCUGGGGGAGGCCGCAGAACGACGGUCCCGCACUGAGGGCUUCGACACUCAUGGCGUUUGCAAAGAGGAUCGGUUUGAGCGACUCUUUCACCACAGGUACCCUUUACAAGUCCGACCUGAGCGCAGGGAGCUUGAUCAAGACGGACCUGGAGUACGUCGCUCACCACUGGCAGGAUUCCAGCUUUGAUCUGUGGGAGGAAGUUCAAGCAACCCACUUCUUCACGCUCGUAGUUCAGUACCGAUCCAUGGUCGACGGUGCCAAGUUCGCCACUGCCAUGAACGACCCCGGCGCGGCCAGUUACUACAACCAACAGGCUUCCGCCAUCCUCUCGAAGCUGCAGAGCUUUUGGGAUUCGGCCAACAACCGUAUCCAAGCCUACCAGGGUGUUUCCAACCGCAACGGGAUCGACUGCUCCGUCCUCCUCGGUGCACUCAAGGGUUGGGAUACCACCGACACGUCGGCCGCUGUCAACUCUACCCUCUUCGGUCCUGCAUCCGAUAGACUCCUCGCCACCCACAAAGCUUACGUCGAUUCGUUCCGUUCCCUCUAUGCUAUCAACAACAACGCUGCUGCCCCUGCUGCUGUCGGAACCGGUCGCUACCCCUCCGAUGUGUACGACGGCGAUGGAACGUCCCAGGGCAACCCCUGGUACAUCUGCACCCUCGCUGCCGCCGAAGUGCUAAACACUGCGGUCAGCGUCGCUUCAACCCGUGGAAAUCUCGCGGUGAGCAGCACAUCUCUGCCCUUCUACAAGCAAUUCUCCAGCUCAGCUACCACGGGAACGUUCGCCUCCGGUAGCAGUCAGUACAACGCCCUAACGAGCGGGAUGAAGGCUAUGGCCAACGGAUUUGUCGAUAUCGUCAACCAACACGCCUGGGGAAACGGCAGUCUGAACGAGGAGUUCAACCGGGAUAACGGUUACAACCAGGGCGCGAGGGAUUUGACCUGGAGCUAUGCGGCGUUCGUGAGCAACGAUAUGGCGAGUCAGGGCAAGUUCUUGUACAACUAG